AUGAGGAUUCUGGCAGUACUAUGGACAGUAUGUCUGGUAAGACUAUGCAGUGCAGGUUGUUGUGGAGGAGGUACUAGAGAUGACGAUGAUGAAUCUUAUGGUGGAUCUACGGAAAAUCUUAGGAGCCAACCUCGGCAUGUUGCUCCCAUUACUCUCAACCUUUUUAAUCCAGAUGAAUCCAAGUUAGAGAUUAACACAAGGAAUGAUGAGGGAGUGCUUCUCAAGACUCUUACUCCAAAAGAUGGUUGUGUUAUAUCCUCUGUUAUGGAUGGAGAUAAGGAGUUAUGGAAAUCCACAGCUUUCAAAGUUUCUGAAACUUAUGCAUCAAGGGUUAAUGCACAUGGCUACUAUUGCCUUUCUUGUACUAUUUAUAAACAUGGUAAUAAGGAAGUACUGGAGAUGGUGGUUGUGGAGAAUAGUUCAAGGGGAAAGAAGUUCUUUGAAAGGAAUGCUAAUAGUGAAUGGAUAUCCAUUGAGAAGGAUGACUUUUUCAAGAAGCUAAAUGAAAUGAGAAAGUCUGAAUGA